AAGAAGAAGAAGAAGAAGAAGAAAAAUAAGCAGAAGCAGAAGAAGCAGAAGCAGAAGCAGAAGCAGAAGCAGAAGCAGAAGCAGAAGCAGCCUCCUCCUCCGAAGAAGAAGAAGAAGCAGCCGAAAAAGAAGCAGCCGAAAAAGAAGCAGCCGAAGAAGAAGCAGCGGGUGAAUGAGCUAACAGCAGUGGACAGCAGAGCCAGUUAGCAGCUGGCUAACGUGAAGCUAAUGCUAACGUGAUGUCUACAGCCUCUAAAGUGGUUCUGGGAGUUUCUGUGGUUCUGACUCUGACUACUGUGACUGCUGUUCACCUCAAACAGACCUGGGACAGACAGCGUCUCCACGAGGGCGUAGUCAGAGAUCUGGAGCGGUUGGAGAGGAAGAAGGAGAAUCUGAGGCUGCUGGAGGAGCAGAAGGCUCUGACCAGACAGCUGGAGGAGGAGAGACAACGCAGAGAGACAGAGCUCCGCCCGCAGGACCACUGA